CAUUUUACUUACUGUCAAAUUGUCAAUCAAUGCAAAUUUUGUAAAUGCAAUGGAUCGUGUACCGAUUUUAGUAAAUUUUAUUAUUUAGUAUAGAAAUAAAAACAAUUAUUCAACUUCAAUAGUUACAAUCAUGAAAGAAAAAUGGAAUUUUAUUUUGUAUCUAGUUUGGUUUUCGUACUUGGUUCUGUCAGCGGUGCUGAUGUUCGGGCAUGGAUUCCUGUUAUCCCGUAAAACUCUCAGUGAUGUUACUGAAUGUGUGCCGCUCGAUAAGUUUGGAUGUGAUGGCCAUGAAAAUUCUACUGUGAAGGAUUAUUGUCACGAGGAUGAAAAGAUUCGGCGAAUUUUGUCUGUGCCUGGGGGUCCACUGGCUUGCGUCCCGCAGCGGUCCAGGGUGGUGUUUUUGUUAGUGGAUGCUCUGCGGUAUGACUUCACGGAGUACGAUGAGAGUAUAACAAAUCCGUUGCCUUAUCAAAACCGUCUGCCGGUGAUGCGUGAGAUGUUGGACCGGUGGCCGGAUCGCGCGCGCCUCUACCGGUUCAUGGCUGAUCCUCCGACCACCACGCUCCAGCGUGUCAAGGCGCUGGCGACGGGCUCGCUACCCACUUUCAUUGAUGCAAGCUCUAACUUUGCAGCUAUGGAGUUACAGGAGGACAAUAUCAUUGAUCAGGUGGCCAAGAAUGGUGGGCGGGCAGUACUGCUGGGUGAUGACACAUGGUCCCGCUUGUUACCAAAGCGAUGGCUCAGAUCUCAUGCUAUGUAUUCAUUCCAUACUUGGGACCUUGACACGGUUGACACAGAGGUUGACUCAAAAAUAUAUGAUGAAUUGAGAAGAGAUGACUGGAACUUGCUCGUCGCACAUUACUUGGGCGUAGAUCACGCUGGACAUAGGUACGGGCCCAACCAUGCGGAGAUGACCAGGAAACUAGAAGAAACUAAUGUAAGACUGAAGAAAGUAAUGUCUAUGCUGCCACCUGAUGUUCUUUUGUUUGUGGUUGGAGACCAUGGAAUGACUGAAACAGACUCACAUGAAUGGACCGACUCAGAGGGUGACCAUGGAGGAGAAAGCAAAGCUGAGCGCACGGCAGCGUUUUUCGCGUACCGGGGCGCAGGCCUGGCCGGGACUGGGGCCGACAUUCUGACCGGCACUGAAGUACAACAGACUGAUCUAGCGCCUACCCUUAGUGCGGCGUUAGGGAGGCCACCACCAGCACCUUCUCUAGGACAUCUACUGUUACCAGUCUUGCCUAAAUCUAGUAUCAGUCAUACCCUGCUCCAUAUGACCAAUAAUUUAAAACAGAUAACACAAUACAUGAUCCGCUACGGAGAGGAAUCCCAACAAGUGUCGCUCGACCGACUCGCGCAUCUUAUCAACGCGACGCGGGAACAAUUACACAAAGCCGCCACCGUCGAGACUGAAGACGAGCUCAAUAAUUACGUUGCGGAUGUCAGAGCCCUAGUUGACAACGUACGCAAUGUCUUCCGUGAAGUUUGGGUUGAAUUUGACUCUCUGUCUAUGCUUAGGGCUCUCUUACUUCUUCUACUGGCAAUAUUUUUCAAUUGGUUGAUAACAGAAGGCAUUCCUAUGGAACGGCUUCCCAAUGUAUUUGCUAGUACUUUUGUCCCGACUGGACUUAUUUCGAUGGCUCUUUGCGUAGGUGUUUGCUAUACAGCUUUCUACUUUAAGGUUCUAGAAGAUUUGGAACAUGCUAUCAUUUUGAGCACUGGCCUUGUAUCAGCGUGUGUGACUUGCAUAUUGAUCAUAAUGCACUGGGAUGGGAUCGCUCAGAGAUGGUACGAAGGACGUUCGCAGUUCUAUGAACGUUUCGCACGCGCGGCUCUGGUAGCUUCGGCGGCAGUUUUAGUAUCAAACAGUUAUAUUAUCGAAGAGGGCGCUACCCUCGCGUUCUUGUCUAUGACUGUGCUAGGUUUAAUGGCGUGGAAUGUAGGAAACGCAACUGCUUUGUUGUAUUGGGUCGGCUGUGGUGUUGUAUUGGCGGGAACCAGGUCGUAUAGAGGCUGUAGGGAGGAACAAGGAGAUUGUUGGACGGCCGGGGCUGGUGUCCCUACCGGGCAGUCUUCAAGGCCGGCUUUAGUACUUGGCAUGGGAACUGUGGCAGCUGUGGUUGCUAUAUGCCGGCGCCAUGUUGGUUGGCGAGGUUACUGCACUGUGGCUGCUGGUCUGCUGGCCUGUUCUCACUGGGCGACUGGUUACGGGUCGUUAGGAUCUCCGAGUCGUGCGAAACUUUUAGCACGAGCCGCUUGGCUUUCUCUAGCAGUCAUGUUAGCAUUGCUAUGGAAGCGCGAAGGUCGCGGCGCCACGCUGCCUCUAAUGGCCUGUGGUCUGAUGUUGUUCGUCGCCAAUACAUUAGUGCUAGGUGUUUCAUACGCUCCGUCAGCUGUAUUAGCAUUAAUUCUGGCGUGUUUAGCGCUGAAUUUAGUCGCUAAUCUGAAGAGUGAAGGAUCGAUUAAGUUUUCACUGGCAACCCGAUGCAACUCAAGUGUAGCUUGCAUGUGGGCGUUAUUGGCGUCUUACGCUUUCUACGCGACAGGGCAUCACGCCACUCUGGGCCAUGUUCGAUGGGCGCCUGCCUUCCAUGCCGGGGAUCCUAACUAUUUAGAUAUUGGACCUCCCAUCACUGCCUCUCUUGUCUCACUUGAAUUAUUUGGUACCCUAUUCGCGUUUGGUGCGGCAGUACCCUUGUUAGCGUUAUGGGGUCAGAACGGUGCGGCCCGAGUGGGGCCCCGCACACAACUAGCAGCUGUCUUCUCAUUGUGCCUCAAGUUUAUGCUCUGCUUCGCAGUCAGGGUAUUCGCAUGCGCGAUCUCAGCAACAAUCCACUGCCGUCACCUAAUGAUUUGGGGUGUAUUCACCCCUAAGCUCUUGUUCGAGAGCGGCGCCUGCGCGGCCGCGUUACUCGGCACGGUCCUCGGUGCCACACUCGCGGCCUGGCACUUGCCGACGCAACACCGCUCCAGUUGACACAAACACUAGCGAGCUAGUUUUAUAUGGACUGCAUCAGGGGCCUCGGAGUGAAUGUUAAAUUGGUGAUCGUAUUGUGGGUCUACGUAUAGGAACGGCAUGGUAAAGGAUUUCCAAACUUAUCUCCUGUGAAUACGGCAUAAAAUCUAUUGUUUUAAAUUGACGCUAGCUCGAAAAGUAUAUCUUGACAUUGUACAGCUCGUUUCCCGGAUAUCUCGUGGCACAUCACGAGAUGUCUUGUAAACGUCUUUCGGCUAUCGGAAUGAAACAAAAUAUAAGCGCCAACUUUGAGCUGACCGUUGGCAUAAACCUCUGCCGUGCCGUUCCAAUAUGUCUGCCUUUAGUAAUACCAAUUUCAUGAAAUUAUUGUAGAGUUGAACUUUUAUCUUAUCUUCACUAGGCGAGCAAUAUUCCUGUGCCAUCCGUUUUUGAAUAGAUAACUUUGGAUCAUGUUAAAAUCGUGCUGUAGUCUAUUUCAAUUAACUUUAUUUACAUAGACAGUUAAUUGUUAAUGCAUGGGUUUGCUCCUAAAUCAAUAUUGUUUUAAUUCUGUCUGCUUUUUAAAGUCUGAAACACAUCUGUAUUUUAGAUCCUUCCUUACUCAUUGAAGUAUUUUCAGUAUAAUGUUUGAAGGCCAAAAUAAAUUGUAUGUGCUGAAAAAUUGACUAGGUAUAGUUUACGAGGCCCUUACGUUAUUACGCUUGGACAGACUGUUGUAAACUAAAAUAAUUAAGCAUUGUUUUGGUUGAGAUUAUCGAGAUAUUAUUAUAAUGCAUGCGGAUGUGAAAGACGUUUGUAAUGUUACGUUUUAUUGGAAUGUUUACUGCGUGAGAUGCGAAAUUCUUUUACGAAGUACGGGUUUCAUUUUGUGCUUAAUGGUUGUAUUAAUUUUAAUAUCGUUUUAUAUAAUGAUGACGUGAUGUCUACCCAAAGCAUUUUAAUAUAGAUAUUAAAGAUGUAUUUUAAAUAUAAUUUAUUGUAUUUGAACAAAAACUGCCAUAGGCUGUUAGUAUUGUUAUUCAGAGUAAUGUUUAAUGACGUUGUUAUUAAUUAAUUGGAAUGAAGUUAUACUUAUUGUAAAUUCAAACAAAUCAGUAUUUGCUCUAGUUGACAUUGAUUUAAUAAUUUAUAGUUUUAGCAAUAGUAUUCUUAUUAUGAAUCGCCAUAUAAUUAUGAAGGAUAGAAUAGAUAUUUACUACUUAUUCCAUUGGCAUUAUGUUUUUGGUUUAAAUCAAUAUGUUUUUUUUUUAUAUUCAUAAAUAAAGAAUUUUAGCACAAUAA